AAAUCUGGUCACCUUAUCCUCCUCCCCACUUCUGAGCUAUACUCUCCGGUUUCACGCCAGAACUGCACCACUUCCUGGUUUUACAGUCGGCCGCGCAGGAUCGACUCCUCUCCUGUACUCCGCGCUCCGGGUUUCUCCGAUCGCUCGGGCGGCUCCGCCCCGCGGCUCCGGUUUCAGCCGCUGCUACAGGGACCCCCAAGAUGGAAACGCAGGGGCUGCCUGCCGCCGCGGAGGCGGCCCAGCCCGAGCCCGCCACCCAACAACAACAUGGCGCCGGUGCGGAGGACGGGGCUGCCCCCUCAGGGCCUGUUCGCCGGCCUCCUCAGCCUCGUGACUCCGCGGCGGCGGCGGGGGCCUGGGGCCUGGACGUGACAUUCCCGGUGCUGCUGCUCCUCGAAGGGAAGCUGCCGGAGACGCCGCAGCCGCGUCAGCAGUUGCCGCCGCCGCCGCCUCUUCCUCCGCCGCCGCCGCCGGGACCUGCUAACUCGGGCGGCGCCUCAUCCCCGCCAGCCGGAGGCCCCGGGCAGCCGCCGGAAAGUGACGCUUUGCUGCUGGUGCUUAACUUGGUGCGGGGCGGAGGCUCCUCUCAGGAUUCCCCGCCGGCGCAGCGGCCGCGGGAGGGCAAACCCGGCGGCGAGGCGGGCGGAGAAAGCCAGGCUUCGGCGCCGCUCUCGGAGGGCGGCGGGCCGCAAGAGGAGAGUGGCGGCGGCGGAAGCCAGGGGAAUUCCUCCUUCUCGGGCACGCUGACCAUCAACAACCAGAGCCUGCUGGUCCGCUUCGAAAAUGGGACGCUCAGCUUCGGAGGGCCCGCGCCAGCCACCCCGCCGCCCGCUCCGGCUCAGCCGAGCGACGACGCCCAGCCCCCGGCUGCACUUUCGCGGGCUCCGGCGUCGUAUCCUCCUCGGCCGGACUCCCACCGCGCCGACACCUUUUCCCGCAAGCAGCUCCUACGGCUGCAUCAGCUGUCGGCGCGCGGCGGGAGCCCAACCGGCGCCCCGCAGGAGGGCGGAGAGGCAGUGGCAGCCGCCGGAGGUUUGGCUGUCUCGGCUGCCGCAGGCCGGGUGGCGCGUCCCUUUAGCUGCCCGAUCCCCGGCUGCUCCUGGGCUUUCGCCACGGCCUACAAACUGCGGCGCCACCUGCAUUCCCACGACAAGCUGCGGCCCUUCGCCUGCUCCGCGCCGGGUUGCACGAAGCGCUUCACCACCAUCUACAACCUCCGGGCGCACGGCAGGGCUCACGAGGAAGAGUCGAGGCUGAAGUGCGAGGCUUGCGGGCAACGCUUCCCCAGUGCCGCCCGGCUCGGGGCGCAUCAGCGGCGGAGCCACCUGGAGCCAGACCGGCCUUACCGCUGCGAAUAUCCAGGCUGUGAGAGGACCUUCAUAACAGUGAGUGCAUUAUUUUCUCAUAAUCGAGUCCACUUCAGGGAACAAGAAUUGUUUUCCUGCUCCUUCCCAGGCUGUAACAAGCAAUAUGACAAAGCUUGCCGGCUGAAAAUCCACAUGAGAAGUCACACAGGAGAAAGACCUUUCAUUUGUGACUUUGAAGGCUGUGGCUGGUCCUUCACCAGUAUGUCUAAGCUAUUAAGACAUAAAAGGAAACAUGAAGAUGACAGGAGAUUCACAUGCUCUGUAGAAGGUUGUGGAAAAUCUUUUACAAGAGCAGAACAUUUGAAAGGCCAUAGUAUAACUCAUCUUGGUACAAAACCAUUUGAAUGCCCUGUGGAAGGUUGUUGUGCAAAGUUCUCAGCACGCAGUAGUCUGUAUAUUCACUCCAAAAAACACCUUCAGGAUGUGGACUCAUUGAAGAUGCGUUGCCCCGUAUCCAGUUGUAGCAAAUUAUUCAAUUCAAAGCAUAGUAUGAAAACACAUAUGGUCAAGCAACACAACUUUAGUGCAGAUCUAUUAAAUCAGAUGGAAACCAUUGGUUCCCUCACACCUAGCAAUGAACUUGCCAAUUCAGGACAAAGUGACCUCAGCAAUGUAGAUCUAGUGUCCCUUUUUUCUAGUGUAUCUGGGAACUCCUCUGGAAUUUCAGCUGAUAUGGCUCUAAUAAACUCCGGAAUUCUUACUAUAGAUGUCGCUUCAGUAGGUUCCACGCUUGGAGGCAGUCUGUCUGUCAACAGCAAUUCCCUUGCUCAGACAGUUGACCCACUGAUUUUGGUGGCCAGUAGUGACAUUCCACACAGCCUGGAUAGCUCUCUUUUAUUGGGAACCACCACCACCGUUUUACAGCAAAGCACUUUAAAUUUGGAUGAAGUACAGACGGUGAAUGCAGAAGCCUUAGGCUCAUUAGCAUCUUUGUCAGCAAGAAGUUCCAGUCAAGACUUGCAUGGUUUGACUUCUAGCAAUAACUUGUCAGUAGACACGACCACUUUAUCCCCUUCCAGCAGCCUUGGUGGAAACAAUACAGCUGAAUUAUUAGCUCCAAAUAAAGCAGAGCAAACUUUGCUUCCUAGCCUGGACGUUGUGGAGCAACAAGAAGACAGCAAAGUGGUCACUCAGUAUGUGUUCUCCAAUCCUUCAGGAAGUUACAGUGCACAAAAAGAAACUGAUCUAAGCACGGUGACUGGCAGCUCUAUUCCGGAGAGUGGUGGGUCUGCAAGAACAGAUUAUCGAGCUAUUCAGCUUGCCAAAAAAAGAAAACAAAAGGGAAGUGGGAAUGAUGUAGGCACAACUGAUUCUGCUAUAAGAAAAAGCAAAAAUGAUAAAGUUAACUGUUUUAGUCAUGGAAAUCGGUUAUGCAACAGUAUUUUGCCUAAUGGAAAUCUAACAGUAAGAGAUUCUUCGGCUGGCACACAGUUUGUUCAAAUUCAAUUGCUUCAGGAUGAUUCUCCAGGAGAAGGAGAUCUACCCUUCCAGCUCAGUUCUCAAUCUUCCUCUUCACACUCUCAGUUGACAGUAGAUUUACCUGUUCAUAUUCUUCAGGAGCCACACAAUUCUGCCGAAGAAGAUGCCAAUUCUGAUAAUUCCCAGUUUACAGGAAGCACCAUUAAUCUACAAGACCUGGAAUGAUUGUGUUGGAGACAGAAGCAUUAGAACAUUCAGACACAGAAGCAUCCUGAGAAAUAAGAGUCUGUUCCUGCUUUUAAAGGAAAAAGUGAACAAUGGAAGCAUGGUCACCAGUGCUGGGAUACUUGAUGGUUAUCGUGCAACAAAAAUCUUGUUCAGUACAUUUUAUUUGAUAAGGCAAUUGGAGAUCUUGGUAUGUUCUGUCUUAGAGUCAGGAAAAGGUACAUAUGGCAGAAUUAAGAGUCCUGCAUUAGAGUGCAAUGGUGAUAUCCCACAGUGAUUUUAAGAAUAAUUAAGAAUUAAUAAUGAUUCUCCAAAUAGUAGAUAACAAUUAAGCUUAGCACUUUUUUUCUUGAAAUGAAUCCCUAAUUAAAUUUGGAGUUAAAAUGAAGGAAUAAGCAGGAAGACCAAUUUAUUUUUGCAAACUGACAUUUUAAAGAGAUAAGAGCAUUAGAAUAGUACCAUACUCAGGGAUAGUAAAGAUUGAAUUAGUAGAGCAAUAUGAGUUCUUGCUCUUGCUAUCUCUAAUUUAGCAUUUUACACUGAACUUGAGAAAACUGCCUAGUACAUGUUAUUUCUUAUCACUUUGGUUAUGUUUACAGUAAUAUAAAACAGUAUUGCCAAUUUGUACAUAUCCACUUUUAUUACAUAUACCUAUCAUGGUGCAUUUUUGGUCAAAAAUAGGUUUUGCUGAUGUCAGUAGAAUUUACUCCCAAAUUAAUGUUGAAAUGAUGGUCUGCUUCAGCCAGAUACAGACUAUCUGGCUGAAGAAAGAGCUUCCAGCUAGUAUCGGUAGUAUAUAAAAGUAACAUCUUGACCAAAAUGAAAAAUAACAUCUUUAAAUAUAUAUGUUUUUAAAACACCUAUCUUUUAUUAUAGAUAACAUAAUUAAUUCAGGCAGACUUUUAAGAAAAAAUACUAAGAAAUCAGCUAAGCAGAGAAAUGUCAGUGUUUUACAAAAGAAUUUAAGUCUGGAACUUAAAAGAUUUUAUUCAUGAUAUGCCACAUGGCAUUAAAAUUAUACAUAUGUACGACUUAGUUAAAAAGUUGUGUGAGCUUUGUUGUUUUUUAUACAAAGAUGUCCUACAAAGGAACACUUUGAAUUUUUUCUUAUUUAUUUACAGUUAGAAGAAAAUUAAAGGUUAAUUCUUUUAAAUAUAUGAGGAGUGAGCAACAAAUAUCUCUAAAUUGACCCUUCCAUCACAUUCUAAAUUUGUAUCCUUGGAACUCCUGCUUAAGUAAAAGUAGCCUUGCCUAUUACCUCUGCAACAUCUCUAGCAGCACUGACAAAGAGGAAGACUGAUCAACAGCCUUCUCUGUCCUUAAAAUGUUACUGUGCGUCAUGUGGGCACCUAUGUUUUGGAAGUCAGGAGCCUUAGGAAAUAUAUUUCCUAGAGCUGUUGAAAUCUGAAGAGAGGUUCUUGAGGUUGAUGUCCCUUCAUACUACGUAUAUACUAGGAAGAUAUUAAUGUCUGGAAUGGCUUUGGAAAUACUAUUUUCUACUGUGUUUAAUGAACCAUGGAUAAUUUCUGUCUUGGAUUAUUCAUAAUAGAUUAUUCCAAAUUAAGAAGAUUUAC